UUACUGGAAUCAAGCUUGUUAUGCAGAGUAAUGAUGGAGUUUGAUAACCUUGGCUUGCCACAGAGGAUCACCCAUGAGGGCUUGAUCCAGUUUGAUGUUGGCUGCAGGUAUGGAGAGAAGAAUCUGCCUUUCACAGUCGUUCACUUUGAAGGUGCUCAGGAGGACCGAGAACUCUCUCAACGCAUCAGCCAUGCUGUUGACAGAGCAACCUCAGAUUCUCAUUCUGGCACCUCCUCAGAUGAGGAGGGUUAUACUAAGAAAGCUAAAGCUAUCCCUACUGUCAGCAACCCUAACAGUGUCUAUCAGUUCAGUGACUACUGCAAGCUGCCUAUUCAGCCAUGGUCUCGGUAUCCGCGGAAGAAGACCUACGCAACCAGUGGACUUCAUCAGGCAAGUGUUUACUAUGCCCAGCACAAGGGCUUCAAAUGCUACUGGCCAAUGGCUGCUUUUUCUGGACCUCGUAUGGACCGAUAUCAUUGGGUGAACACCAACCGAUAGAGCAGUGCCUGCACCACUCUAACCCUGGCUCUUAUGGGUCACUAAAAUACUGGACUCUGUGGUAGGAAGCUUGAUGCUUCCACAAAACCUGUCCAAUCAGAAAAGCACUUAAUUCUGCCUUCUCUUGUCUUAUUUCUCUCUCCCUAGUUUUAUGUACCUGAAAUGUAAAGAUUUUAUUAAACUUUUAAUGUAUUUUUAUAUUGCUCUGAUAAGAGAUACUGAAAA